GGUCCUGGGGCGGAUUUGGGAGGUCCUGAGGAAGACUUGGAGGCUCCUGAGACAGAUUUGGGGAGUCCUGGGACAGAUUUGGGGCCCGUGGAGCAGAUUUGCUUGGUAUGGGGCAGAUCUGGGGGGACUGGGGCAGUUUUGGGAGGACCUGCGGAAGAUUUGAGGGGCCAUGGGGCAGAUUUAUGACGUCCCAGGGCAAAUUUGGGUGGUUAGGGGCAGAUUCAGGUGCUCUGGGGCAGAUUUGGGAGGUCUUGGGGCAGUUUGAGGGGCCGGGGGGCAGACCGGGGGGGACUCUGUGAGCGAUGUUGGGGUGUGGGGCUGUUCCCCAGCCUGACACCGGCUCAACCCCGGGCCUCAGCCUCACCCUCCCAGGGAAAUGGGGCCACAGAGCCACAGCCCAGCCCCAACCUGACCCCUCAGCCCCGAUUCCUCGCAGCGUCGGGGCGGCCGCAGGAGGAAGCGGGUGUGGGGGGUGCAUCCGGCACACGGUCCCUGCUGCCGCUGCCUCUGCCCCAGCUCUCCCCAUGCCACAGUACCAGCCCAGCCUGUGCCAUCGCGUCCCUCGGGGUUGGGGACUCCAGGAACGGCCCCUCGUUUUGUGCCCGUAUCAUCAGCCCCAAGGAGCUGAGAACUGAACCCUCUGGUGCCGGGGGGUCUCUGGAAUCCCUGAUCCGGGAGGAGGAGGAUGAUGAAGCUGGAGUUUCUGCUCCUCGUGGCAGGGGCCGUGACAGCGCCGACGCUCUCCCCACCACCACUUGGGCUCCUCUCUCCGGAGGACGGGGGUCCCCCGAAAAUUACCUGCUUCGCCCCACGCAGCUAUGCCGGCAGCACCUUCGAGCUCUUUGCGGUGGGCGCCAGCGUUCCCACGCAGAGCAUCUCCGCCGAGCCGGGCGAGCACAGAGUUGAUUUCACCCUGGAUGAAGCCACCCCGGCCUCCCGGUGCUACCGGUGCCGGUACCGGAGCCACAACAGCAGCGCCUGGCAGGUGUCGGCGUUCAGCACGGAGAUCGUGGUGAAUGCUUCGAGUGACGCCAGCUGUCAUCCCUCCACCACCGCUGAUACUGGCCAUCCCUUACCAACCUCCACCACUCUGCGGCAAGAUCAGUCCUGGCUUCUCGCGGUUGCUGUCAGCAUGGCCAGCCUGGUGGUGCUGCUGCUGGUGGCGGCGGCGUUGGCAGCCUGGCAAGCCGAGGCCAGGAGACAGCGGGCAAAGAGGCAGCCAGCGUCGUGCUGGACGGAGACGCGAUACCCCACCACCGAGCUUUCCUAUGACAACUGCAUCUACGCCGUCAGCGUGAACAUGCCACCGGGACCUGGUGAUGGCACCGGCACGUCCCCGCAGAUAGACCCCCGGGCGUCCCCCCCCGCUGCACCCCACUUCAGCACCUUCAGGUCCUUGGCGUGAGCUGCGGUGGUGCUGUCUCUGCCGGCGCUCGCCACGGCACCCUUUUGCUGGAGAGCGUGAGGAGCCCCCGGCAGCACCGCGAGGGAGGGGGCCGCGUGGGGUCGAGGUCGGCGAGGCACCGGGGGCUUCCUGGUGCUGCCGGUGAGACCCCCGGCACGGGAGAGGUGCUGACGCAUUGCUGGCAGUUUGGUGCCGGCAAAUGACCUUCCUCCUCCUCACCCCAUCCUGCGUGGCAGAGCCGGGCUGGGUGCCCUGAGUCGCUGUGUCUGUGCCGGGGCGUCUCCGGAGCCGGCUCCGGUGUCAAUAAAGGUGUUUGCCCCCAGUGUCAGUGCAGGAUGUGGGUGCCGUGUCCCUGCCAUGCCCGGUGCUCACACGGCACCGCGUGCAGUGCCCGUUAUCCAGUGCUGUCUGUGCCCGGUGCCGUUGCCGGUAGCAAUGCCUGGUGCUACGCCUGGUGCCCCUGCCCUU